AUGCCCGAGUUCACCCCUACGGAAAUCGGCGACCUUAUCCGCCAUCAUGAGGUAGAUUUUGCGCCCUAUGAAGAGCUCUACAAGCACCUCCACGCCUAUCCGGAGUUAUCCCACCAAGAGUAUAAAACCGCGGCGACUAUUGCAGCUAGACUCCGCCGUGUUCCUGGCCUUGAAGUAUUUGAGAACAUCGGCGGCACCGGUAUUGCCGCUGUCUUCCGCAACGGUGAUGGCAAGACCGUUCUUCUACGGUCUGAGCUAGAUGGCCUGCCGAUUAAAGAACAAACGAAUCUUCCUUACGCGAGUAAGAAUGUCGUGAGGGACGAAACUGAUGGAGUAGAAAAGCCCACAAUGCACGCUUGUGGGCAUGAUAUGCAUAUGGCAUGUCUGAUUGCUGCAAUAGAUAUCUUAGUGUCAGCGAAGUCAGAAUGGUCCGGAACUUUGGUCAUUAUCUAUCAGCCCGCUGAAGAAUUGGGAAACGGUGCUAUACGCAUGGUCAACGAUGGUUUAUACGACAAGGUUCCCAAGCCUGACGUUUUACUCGGGCAGCACAUCUUGCCACAGAGAGCUGGUCGGUUUGGGAUGAGGUCAGGAACGGUGAUGGCUGCUUCGGAUUGUCUCAAAGUAACGUUCACCGGUAGAGGAGGGCACGCUUCUAUGCCACAUCGAACAAUUGACCCGAUAGUGAUGGCUGCAAGCACAGUUGUCCGGCUGCAGACAAUAGUCAGUCGAGAAAUCAAUGUCUCUCAGGAAUUUGCUGUCGUGACGGUUGGUAGUUUUAACGCUGGAAACGCCGCAAACAUCAUUCCCGAACAGGCUGAAAUUCAACUGAACGUGAGGACCACCGACGAGAAUACGAGGAAAAGAGUCCUCUCGUCCAUCGAUCGAAUUAUCAAGGCAGAAGGAGAGGCUAGCGGUGCAAUCCAGGCCCCUCAAAUAGAAACGACUCUUCAGUUCCCUCUUACGAUCAACGAUCCAACCGUGACGCAGAAGGUGCAGCAGACGUUCGGUUCGCUCUUUUCACCCGACUUUACGGCAGAGUGGCCUAGGUCCAAUGCAAGCGAGGAUUUCACGGUUUUGGGUACUUCGAUUGGAAGACCUUGUUGCUUUUGGUUUGUUGGGUGCACUGCAGCGGAGAUUUGGGAAGAAGCGGAGGAGAAUGGAACGCUAUCAGACAUUCCGGGUAAUCAUUCCGCUUUCUUUGCUCCAGACGUGCUGCGCACAAUGCAAAUUGGCAUGUCUUCUUUGGUUGCAGGUGCAUUAAGCUUCCUCUCCAAAACUCAAUAA